GGAAUUUCGUCACGCGAGGAAGUAAACUUAUAAAACGUGUUUGGGUGCAGAAAAUGGCAGAUGAAGAUGUACCCGUCGAGGAAUACCCUGCCGAGAUCGAAGAGUAUCUGACGGAGUUCGACUCGUCUGUGGACUCUAUGCACAACAUGGUGAAGACCUUGGUGUCCGUGUCGAAGAAUGAGCUCGUUCAAAAACUGGAUCCCCUUGAACAAGCCAAGCUGGACCUGAUGUCUGCUUAUGCCCUAAAUUCGUUAUAUUGGACAUACUUGGUGACACAAGGUGUAAACCCAAAGGAGCAUGGAGUCAAGCAAGAGUUAGAGAGAAUUCGGACGUACAUGAACAAGGUGCGAGAGAUGGCAGACAGGAAGACGGCGGCCCGUCUGGACAAGGCGGCGGCAUCCAGGUUUAUGCGCAGCGCGCUGUGGGAGCCGGGACAGGAAAAGGCGGGCAGCACGCCAGGCAGCUCCCAGGCGAGGGAGUGCAAGAAGCCAAGCCGAAAGUGAGGGGGCGGAGCGGAUGUCGUGACUGAGCGGGCGUCACCGAGGGGGCCACUCAUCUGUGGGGGACGGUGGUGACUUUCUCCGCAAAGUUAACAUCGGAGCAUCAUGGAGAUUUUAAAAGGAGAACAUCCGGUUAUUGGGCGUUUUUUUGUGCAUCAGUGUUGAUGUUGAGUAAUGAAAUGAUUAAAAUGUUCAUUCUUUUUGGA